UUCCCUUGCCAGCAACAAACAGCAUCCUCUGGCUCUCUCCUCCACUGUCAGCAACAAUGACCAGCACAGUAUCAGCCUACACAGACAAGAUCAAGGAGAUGUCCAUGCUGUCUCUGCUCUGCUCCUGCUUCCACACACAGCCACAUCCCAACAGCCUCUAUCAGUAUGGAGACCUGGAGGUGAAGGGCUUCAACAAGCGAGCAUCGGGCCAGGCCUUUGAGCUGAUCCUGAAGGAUCCCGAUCAGUUCAGGGACAAACCCCAGACUCAGCCCCUGCCCUCACCCCCGAAGAAGGAGGUGUCCCUGGAAGAGCUCCAGAAGAGGCUGGAGGCCGCUGAGGAGAGGAGGAAGUCCCAGGAGGCUCUGGUGCUGAAGCAGCUGGCAGAGAGGAGGGAGCAUGAGCAGGAGGUUCUCUACAAGGUGCGUGAGGAGAACAACAACUUUAGCAAGAAGACGGAGGAGAAGCUCAUCCAAAAGAUGGAGGUCAUCAAGGAGAACCGGGAGGCCCACCUCAAUGCACUCAAACAGCGGCUGCGUGAGAAAGAAAUCCACGCUGCUGAGGUACGCAGGAACAAGGAGCUCAAGGCUGACCUCUCUGGCUGAGGAUGUUUUCUACACUUAGGCAGCGGAUGCUACUUUUGAAAAUCUUGUGUGUCAAAGUUCUCCUGUUGUUCUGUAUUCACCAAUAUCACCAGUGCACUUUUCAAGACUCAAACUAGUAGUUAAUCAGCACCAAAUAAUGCUACUCAUCUGUUUCAUUUUUGGUAAAUCACACACAUUUGGAACUGCAGGUACAUAUUCUGAUAGCAGAGGCAAGUACAGCUGAAAUAAAGUCCAAUUCU